AUGAUGGACAUUGGAGGGAGUGGCAAGAUGGGGGCCGGUGUGGGUAUGGAUAUGGACAGGAGCUGCAAGAUCUCCAUGUUAUGGAACUGGCAUAUCAUCGACGCAUGCUUCAUCUCCAGAUCAUGGCACAUAACCUCCCACGGCAUGUUCGCGGGCUCCUGUAUCGGCAUCAUCCUCCUGGUGAUGUGUCUCGAGUUCCUCCGGCGUCUAUCCAAGGAAUACGAUCGCUACAUUCUGCAACAAUUCAAACAGAACAUCGCACUUGGAGGAGUAGGAGGAGGAAGAUGCGGAGCAACCCAAAACCCAGCAGCCAAUAAACUCGCCACAACGACGACAGCGACGACGACAGCAACAACACUAGACGCAACCAAUUCAACGGAUGAGAAUAACGCAAGAUGCUGCUCAACCCUUAGCGACGCCGUGGUGAUACCAUCGACCAUCCGCUUCCGCCCAACUCUACUCCAACAAUGCAUCCGCGCACUGCUGCACAUGGUCACGUUUGCAGUUGCGUAUUUCAUCAUGUUACUCGCCAUGUACUACAACGGGUAUUUCAUCAUCUGCAUCUUCAUAGGCGCGUAUUUGGGCUCGUUUGUGUUUUCGUGGGAGAGUAUUAAUGUUUCGACGGGAUCAAAUGUGGCCGGGCCAGGGGCCACGGAGAAUGUCACGGUGUGUUGUGGAUGA